UAGUAGUACACGUGGCCCGCUCAUCGCGGAAGCAUGACAGCGACAUGGAACCCGCUGAAGUGGUUCAACUUCACGUCUGUGUCCAUCGCUGUAUUUGCGGCAUACUUCGCGUUCACCGCGCACCAGAUUUAUGGCAUCAUGUUUCCCACGUGGGAGAUAAAUCCUGGUGACUUGUACCUGGGUCCAUUGUGGAAGGAAGGGCAAACGAUGUUCGGCGAGUGCUACAUAUCACCGCGACCAAACUGGGUGGCGUCGGACUUUACCAACUCGCGGGUGUCGUUCAUGGGAGAGUUUAAAGACCUUUCGUUCGACUCGAACACGAAUUCCCAGGCCAUUGAGUUCAACAUUUCGACGCUCGCCAACGGAACAAAAACGCUGGACAAGAAGAUUUGGUCACGCAUUCGCGACAACGAAACUGUCUACCUCCACGUGCAUCUCACCCAAACUGGCGCGUCGCCGAAUCCGAAAAAACCCAACUACCACAAGCUACUGACGCUGCACCAAGUGACCCCGUUGACGAAAUUUGCACCCCGAUGGAAUUCCAAGAACGCCACGAGGCUGUUAAAAUCAUUGUGGACAAGUCCCGAAGCCGAGUCGACUGCAGUGAGUCCUGUCGACCCCUUGACGUUUGAUGACCCGGCUCUGACCGCCGACAUCGUGUCGUACUGGAAACCGGCCAUGGCUGUUCGCUUUGUCACGUGCUUCAAGAAGUUUCCCAUCGCCGAGAUUCCCCAGCUCGUGUUUAACAACUUGCGCAUGGAAAAUAUUGAGAACGAAGGGUGGAAGUACAUGCCCGUGGUGUACGUGGACGAAAUGGGCAUGACGAAUGAGAAGCUCGUGCCGCUGAAUCGGUCCGUGUCGACUCUGCCGCUCAAGCUGAGCUUUGAAUCCAUGUCGUACGCAAGGUGGCAAAUGAUGAUGACGUUUGAAAAUGCACUCAAGCAACAAAAAGACUUGGGAUUUGCCGAAGACGAAAUCGACAACAUGCGUUUGAUGAUUGCCGAAACGAAUCCGUACUUGCUAACUGUGACUAUGGCCGUGUCGAUGCUGCACAUUUUGUUCGACUGGCUCGCAUUCAAGAGCGACAUUGCAUUCUGGCAGCAGAAUGUGAGUUUGGUCGGGAUCUCGAUUUGGAGCAUGGUGUCGUCGCUCAUUUCACAGCUUAUCGUGUUUUUGUACCUGAUCGAACAAGAAACAACGCUGCUCAUUCUAGUCCCGAGUGGCAUCUCGAUUGUGAUUCAAAUUUGGAAAAUUUGGCGCGCUACUCGGCCGAAAUUUUCGCUGUCGUGGCACACCCUUGUCAAAGUUGAGUUGAGUCGCACGGACUUUUCCUCCGAAUCGAACGACAUUGACAAAACUGCGAUGACGUACAUGGGCUUCACGUUGUAUCCGUUGAUGCUGGGGUAUUCUGUGUAUUCGCUGCUUUGUAAAGACCAUACGAGCUUCUACAGCUGGGUGUUGGGCAGCCUCACGGGAUGUGUGUACACGUUUGGGUUCAUCAUGAUGACUCCACAGCUGUACCUCAAUUACAGAUUGAAGAGUGUGGCCCAUCUCCCGUGGCGAUUCCUGAUCUACCGUGCCCUGAACACGUUUAUUGACGACUUGUUCGCAUUUGUCAUUCACAUGCCCACGAUGCACCGCAUCAGUUGCUUUCGAGACGACGUGAUUUUCUUCAUUUAUUUGUACCAGCGCUGGAUUUAUCCUGUCGACAAGUCGCGCCUUCAUGAAGAUGCAGAAAACGACCAAGUCGAACCAAAGUUACACAAAGAUUAGUCGAAUUGCGAUUCGGAACUCAUUCGAAUGAAGUCGUGGUGAGUGUUAAGAGCUGCUGAAUACUGUUGGGUGCUCAUCCAAACCCAUGAGCAA